UUUAAUUACAGUUACACUAAAAGUGACUUGUGUGUUUUGAUCUAGCCAAAAUAUGCACACUUCUAUUUUAACAAACGCAUCCAAUGAGAUUUGUAUUGAUGAAAAAUCAUAUAUGGAGAAGGAAAAAUUUGCGGAAGAUGCUUCAAACACAUCCUCGGUUAAGCCACCUUAUAGCUAUGUGGCUCUAAUAGCAAUGGCUAUACAAAAUUCAACAUUGAAAAGAGCAACGUUAAAUGAAAUUUAUAAUUUUAUAACAUUUAAAUUUCCGUAUUUCGAACAAAACAAGAAGGGAUGGCAAAAUUCGAUUCGUCAUAAUUUGAGCUUAAACGAAUGUUUCAUUAAAGUGCCCAGAGAAGGGGCUGGGGAAAGAAAGGGAAAUUUUUGGACAUUGGAUGCGCACUACGAGGAUAUGUUUGAGAACGGAAAUUAUCGAAGGAGACGUCGAAUGAAACGACCGUAUCGAAAUAUUAGCAAGUUUUCGGGGCUGCACGCAUUGAGUGACACAUUUAAUUCGAAAACGAUGGUUCCUCAAGUACCGGAACAAUCUUACUACCAAUAUAGUUACAACUCUCAAUGGAUGGCAAUACAACCAUCUUAUACUGGGACGUGCACGACAAGAAUGAAUUACACAAAAAAUUGCAUGAUGUAUUCACCACAAGCAAACUUAGUUGUUGGAAAUAAUUAUGACAAUAAACUUAAAAAAGAUCCUGUACCUGAGCAUAAACUAUUUGAAGCUAAUCCUGUGGCUGGUUGGGAAACUGAAACAUUCUGUCGAUCAGUUAAAAAAGAGGGUCCUCUCGAGCUGUCAUCAAAUUUAACCAAUUAUCAUAACUCCUAUUUAUCACAACAAUAAUGCAUACUAUAUUCUGUGUCAUCACCUACCUUAAGAGAUAUCUUUAAAGUUUUUAUAUACAUCAUACAUAUAUAAAUAUAUAUACG